AUGUCUCUUUCCAAUGUUGAAUCCCAGGCCACAGAGGAUAUAGAAAGACAACAGAGCCGAGCACGCAGAGUUCGAAACCUCACCAACCGCUUUCGCGUUCUCAUAAUUGGCCGCGCCAACGCGGGGAAGACAACCAUCCUCCAGCGAGUUUGCAAUACAACGGAACAGCCAAAAAUUUUCAGUCCGGAGGGUCAUGAGGUAAUGUGGAUCUACACUCCCUAUUCCAUUUUACUGAAAGUGUGGCAGAGAGGGGAGCAUGAUAUUGAGAAUGAAAUGAUAUUUGAGAGCAAUAAGGCAUUUGUCUUUCAUGACUCACGUGGCUUUGAAGCAGGCAGAACAUCUGAGUUGGAUAAAGUCAAGGAGUUUCUGCAAAAACGUUCAACCAACAAAGAGCUCAAGGAUCAUCUGCAUGUGAUUUGGUACUGCAUCCCAAUCAAUGAUGAAGCCAGACCAUUUACAAGAGCAGAGUUAAAUUUCUUUGAUGAGUAUGGAACUGGUAGAGUUCCAGUUAUUGUUCUGUUUACAAAAGCAGAUAUGCUUGAUGCCCAAACCAUCAAACACCUGGUUGACACUGGAAUGGAUGUUGAAGAUGCUGCAAAUAAAGCUCCAGAAGAGUCAGUUGCCAUGUUUGAAAAGAGGUUUGGUCAGCAACUCUACAAGAAAAAGUAUCAUCCCAAGGAUUAUGUGUAUUUUCGAGACAUGCAAAAUCCUACAAGUGACUGUACUGAACUGCUGAGGAAGACAGCAGCCACGUUUUCAGAUGAUACACUCUUACAGCUGUUUCUUACAGUGCAGCAAAAUAAUGUGGCUCUGUCAAUUGAAUAUGCAAUUAUAAGAGUUGUCUUUCCAGAUUGGAAGUUAUUCAAAGAAAAGAGAGAGUGGAGGAAGAUGGUUGAGAAGAUACUGAAUUAUUUUCCACAUAUGGUGUGGUGGGAUGAUGCUGCUGAUGAUUUUUUUGCUGAUCUUCUUGCUGAUGAUGAUGAUCAAGUAACAAGAGCAUGUCUGGGUUUUGAACAGCGACGACGAAGCAUGGUCUGGGUUUUGAAUGGUAUGAUAAGAAAUGAUGAGAUUACAGCAAAGGAUGUCCUCGAUCAUACAGACUGGUCCUUGAUUCACAAUACCAAAUCCUUCAAGGACAUUGCCUUUCUAUGUAUUGUGACUGCUAUCAUUGCAGAGCACUCUUUCUUUCUGUGGAAACAGAAUCCUUCAAAGUCCACUGCCCCCUUCAAAUCAGCCAUUCAAAAGUUCAACUUGUCUGCUGACAUGGCAAAAAUCAAUACUGCCAUUGAGGAGGCCUCUCAUAUGAAAACCAAGGAACAAAAGAAACAGGCUCUUGUAAAGAUUGCUAUGGACAAUCGUCUUCCUUUAUAA